AUGCAGCUCGCGAUCAACACAGUCAAACCGCUCAAACUCGUAGCGAAGAUGCAUGAGAACGAAUCCUUUGAUCCUGCGGUCGCCCAAGAGGAGACUAAGUCCUCAUUCCCCGGAGCGAUCCAUAUCCAAAACGCCGUCGCGGCCACAGAAUUUGCGCUCAACAGCUACACUCAACCUACCUCUCUUCGCGCACUAGUCAUAUGGGCCGAUGGGAAUGGAGGUAGACGCGACGACCCGUGCACCGCAGCUAUAGGCUACCACGAUCCUCUAUCUGGAGAAUGGGAAGCGCACAUCACAGUUAGCCAUCAUCCUUCUUGGACUGAAGCUAGCCUCAUCGCUAUCCAGGAAGCUUUCCGUGCCGCUGCGGCGAUGGCUGACCACAUCGACCACUUGAUCGUGUUUUCCAAUGCACAAGAAGUGCUUGCGAAUCUUGAAAAGAGCAGCGAUCUCUCGUGGGGACGAGAUGAAGCUCUCGUAGAAAGGGUACAGCAGGCUGCAAAGAAGCUCAUGGUAAAAGAUGUGCAGGUGGAUCUGCAUUUUGUACCAAACCGCACGAAAAUUGAAGGUCAUAGGCGGGUGCAGAAACUCUCCCGAAAAUACAAGAAGAAGGUCUUAGCGGUGGCGCCGAAAGCACUCCUGGAGUAUGACAUUGAUCUUCCUCCGAUCAGACUGAAGCAUCAGCAGCACAAGGAUGCAAAGGAAGAGCUGGAAGGGUUGCUGCGCAACUGCUUAGAGGAUGCGAAGGCAGCAGGCAAAGUCGGACCUCGCAGCUCGUUGAAGCACGAGUGGAGAUUCGAGGCACGUCGUCUACGAAGAGAAGCAAAAAGGGACUAUAGGAAGAUGAGAGAGCGAGAAGGCAAGCCACUGAAGCCGACAGACUCGGAAAUUGCGAUAUUGCGGGCGCAAAAAAGACGUCUCGGGAAGGCGUCUGGAGAGCUGACGGAGGACGAAGAGGUUAUAAUCGACGCAGAGGAGAAUAUCCUGGGAUAG